AUGCAGAGGGUUUCGGUGGGCGGCGCGCACGCAGGAAUCGUCCAGCUGCGCGCCGUUUUCGAGGACGACGUCGCAGUGCACCUCGUGAUGGAGCUCUGCGAAGGCGGCGAGCUGUUCGACGAAGUUGUGCGACGCGGGCGAUUCCACGAGCGCGACGCCGCGAGCGUUUUCGCGCAGAUCGCAGCAGCCGUCGCACACUGCCAUGCUCGCGGUGUCCUCCAUCGCGACCUGAAACCCGAAAACAUCCUGCUCGUGCGGGACCCAUCUGUACCGCUCUGCGCCGCACCACUGAUCACAAAAGUCGCAGACUUCGGCCUCGGCGUCGCGCUUGAGGCAGGCGAACGCACGAAAGGAGUCGCAGGGUCGCCGUUUUACAUCGCACCCGAAGUCCUCACAGGCGAUUACUCCCUCGGAGCCGACGUCUGGUCGCUCGGUGUCAUUCUCUACAUUCUCCUCAGCGGCGUGCCGCCUUUCUGGGGCGCGACGGAUAAGGACGUAUUUGUCGAGGUGCUUCGCGGCGUGGUUGAUAUGAGCGGGGCGGAGUGGGAAGGAGUGUCGGAAGAGGCGAAGCAUCUCGUGCGGUGCCUGCUUCAAAAGGACGCUGCGAGAAGGCCGUCAGCUGCGGCUAUCCUUUCCCACCCUUGGAUCCUGCGCGCGUGCCGCGCCAGCAGCGCGGGUGCUCGCCAGCUGGCCCCUGUUACGACAUCAGAAGCAGCGGACACGAUUAUGGCGUAA